GCCAUCACUUGAAUGCCUUAACAAUAAACCACCACUGUGUGAAUGGAUGCCUAUCCAUCGUAACUCGUUCUCCAGCUUUAAUAGAAGCCUUUAUUUUCUUCAUCGACAUGUUAUUCUGCGACACACCAAACAAUGCCCGAGAAAGAAACCCCCACCCCAGAGUCCGAGUUGGCUCUCAUAAGCAAAGUCGAGUUCAAAAUCGCCCUCGCGGAUACGGACACGAAGCUGGAAGUCGUCCUAGACAGAUUCCUCACUGCGCUAUUGUUGAAGUUGGAAUCGCCGCAUCUGGUGGUCCGGAAUAAGGUCCUCUCGAUAUGCCACCACCUCACCAGUCGCGUCCAACAUAUCCGGCUGCCCGUCAAAGCGCUGAUAGAGCAAGCCAAAAAAUUCCGGUCGAACAAAGUGUUGCAGCACUCGGAUCUGUCGUUUAUCGUGCCCGGCUUUAUGCAUCUCUCGGCGGACGAGCUUCGGGAUCUCAUUCCCAUCUUAGCAAAAGAUGUCCACCUUGACAUGGGCGCGUCGACGGGCCUAGCGUCCUACCAGCUUUAUUUCAUCCUGAGAGCGAUAUGUGCUCAGGAGAUUUUGGAACGCGGCUCAGCGGAAGAGGAGGAGAUCUUCGCAAAACCGGAAUGGCAAAUCGGUGAGCUCGACCGAGCAUGGAUGGUCAAAUGGUUUACGAGGCUGAUGCUCUUCUUACCGGGUGAUAACCCGCAGCCUGGAAUCAAGAAAUCGGAUCAAGAGUUUUUCAUGGUUUCACCCCAAAAGAAGCUAUGGAACCCGAUAAUACCGGGCGGGCUAUACGUUGUAAAAUGCAAGCAGAAGGUCCUCUGGUUCCUGUCGUCUCGUGUGUUCGCCGAAAACCCAACCCGCAUCCUGGCAUAUUUGUAUGCUGCUGCGGACGGAAACUCUGCGUUGUCAGAGACGGCGAAGGAUUUGAUUAAGCGGGAGAUUGCCAGCGCCGACCUAGAGGAUAAAGGGUUGAUACAGGCGAUUUACAACGGUUACCUCGGAAAUUCUCCAUCGUACUUGGACGCUGGAAUAUUCCAUAUUCCGAAACCCGCUGUACAGAUCCAGCUCCUAAAAUUUCUCGGCCGCUCCACGAUGAGCACUACCUUUCCGUUGAUGUUAACCGCCAUUAUCGAGAACGUCCUGUUCAAGAAGCCCGAGGACAGUCCAUCGGAGCCUCCCAGUCGCCGAAUCGAUCGGGGAACCGAGGCCAACAAACUCAGGGCCGCGAUCUUCAGCUACCUGACCUUCUUUGCGCGAAACGCGGACGUAGAAGACUUGGAGCCCAUCGCUACGCCGCUGAUUGCCCGGCUUCGAACCUUCGUAGAAGAGUACGGAUGGCCAGCCCUCGAGACAGCUCAGUCCGGAGACGCCGACACCAGGCGGACUGCGUACGAAGUCAUCGGAAUCCUGACCAAAGCCGAUAAGAAAGCCGACGUGGGCCUGCUGCAAUGGCUGUUCACAUCCCUUGGCUACGACACAAGCGGAAGGGAGACCACUCUCAUAAUCGGAGAUGCGCUGUCAUCUUUGAUCUCAAUAUUUGCGGAUAGAUCGGCUGUGCAAGAGUCCGAGCUCAUCGACGUCCUGCGGGACGAGAAUCCCGGUUUUGAUUUCGACGAGGUGACCCUGAACGACGUGGCCCUUGAUCCCGCAUUGCGGUCGAGGAUAUACCACGCUCGAUACCUUGGGCUUCGUUUCGUCAACCAGUGCUUGCCAUUCGAAAACGUGGCCGCUCGGUUGCUGAAUCUUCGGGUUCUCACGGUCACCGAUGUAGAAGCGCGGGAAGUCGUCGAGGAAGCGAAACGCGGACUGGAUCCAAAUUGGUUCAAAAUCCGGGAUCUUUACCCUGUCGAUGGACAAUCCACACGAUCUAUCAUAUUCCCUCCAUACAUUGAUAUCAUGUCGGGGGCGCUUCCAUGGUUCAAAAAGACGAAUAUUGCUGGGCGUCUGGGACCAGUGGUAAAGUUCGCGUAUUUGAUGCUACUCCAGGAAGCGUUUGACCAGCACUCUGUUGGAGUGGUGGUUGACCAGUCAUGGGAAAGACGACUUUUGACCGCCAUCGAGAACGAGGUAGAUACGCAAGACGCACUUGCCGACUAUCUUAAAACGAUGGACGAAAAAAAGAUGGACAGGCUGCUGAACCUCCGCAAUGCCUGCGUUCCUUACCUGGAUCCCGACCUAUUCAAACAGUUUCCAGCCUCCAAAAAUAUCCUCCUCCGGCUGGUCAAGAUCGGCAGUAUAUCGGAAACCGGACGCAGCCGCCUCGCCCUCGCCUACCAAACCCUACCCGACUUGAAGCCGGCUCUUUUCUCGCAUGAUAAAUCCCUUCGAAUAUUUGCCGCCGAAGUCUUCGGAUUGUGCGACGACACUGGCAGUUACAAUGGGACGACCCUUGUAGGCUCCUGCAUGGAGUCCGUUCGGAACUGGAACACAUCCGCUUCUGGCACGGGGUCAUAUAACUGGAAAGUGGAUGGUUCUAUCCUUCUUCUCUCUAAUCACUGGAGUCGGAUAAAAUACGAUGGUGCUAACGAACAGAGAGACUCGUUCAUGAAGUUCGUUAAGGAAAUAUUGGAGACAUCCAAGGACACCAGUUUGCUGGAAACGUGCUUUUACGCUGUUAGCCAAAUCUCUAUCUUCCACUCCAUGGAAUUUGACAAGCCCACAAUAUUUCCCCUGGUCCUCGAGACAGCAAAGAAGGGCAACGAGCGUGCCAUUACUACUUUAGGACACAUUGCCAUGCAUUUCCGAACGGAAGCGGCCGACGACUUCAAAAUGGCUUUAGAUGCGUUUAGGGAUCUGCACGAAGUCCGGCAGACUGAGACGCAAUUUGCUGUGGGCGAGGCAAUAUCCUGCUUCGCAGGGGGGUGGGCCUCAAAGGUCAUGGUUAACCUACGCGAGCACUCGUUGAAACUUUCACUGGACGAAGUGGAUGACCCACAGGCAGUACCUACCAUCAUGGAAAGUGUGCUAAAAGAUUGUCGGAACGCGAAGCCCGCAUUGAGGAAGGCGGCGGCCAUUUGGCUACUGUGCCUCGUCCAGUACUGCGGACAUCUGAAGGAGAUGAAGAAGUACUUGACUCAGUGUCAAACUGCAUUUCUACACUGCUUGUCCGAUCGAGACGAGAUGGUACAAGAAGCCGCCUCACGAGGCCUUGGAACUGUAUACGAGAUGGGCGAUCGGGACCUCAAGGACGAUUUGGUCCGGAACCUUGUGAAUGCCUUCUCGGAGAGCAAGUCACAGCUGUCCGGAAAUGUCACGGAAGACACGGAGCUCUUCGACGAAGGGAUGCUGCGCAAUCGUGACGGCUCGAUCAAGACGUACGGAGACAUCCUAAACUUGGCACAGGAAGCUGGGGAUUCGACACUUGUCUACAAGUACAUGGCUAUUGCCUCGAAUAAUGCGAUGUGGUCUAGUCGAGCCGCAUUCGGCAAGUUCGGGUUGAGCAGCGUCCUUUCAAGCUCAAGCGUCGAUGGAUAUCUGGCCGAGAAUCCUAAGCUGUACCCGAAGCUCUAUCGAUACCGAUUCGAUCCAGUUGAGAACGUGCGAAGAGCCAUGAACGAUAUUUGGACCGCACUUGUCCCCGACACUUCCGCGACGCUCGACAAGUAUUUCGAUCCCAUCAUGGAGGAUUUGCUGCGUCAUAUCCUCUCCGGGAAGGAAUGGCGGGUGCGACAGGCGUGCUGUGCUGCCAUCGCGGACCUCGUUCAAUCCAAGCCAUUCGAGAUGUAUUACAAAUAUCUGGGCGAGAUCUGGGCUAGUUGCUUCAAGGUGCUCGACGACAUUAAAGAGUCGGUCAGAGCGGCCGCAGCGGGCCUUGCGAGGACGUUGACAGGAAUCGUCACCAGAUCGCUUGAAAGCGGUUCGGGAUCGAAAAUGUCGAGAUCGAAAUCCCACGCGAUGUUAACCGACGUCGUGCCAUUUCUCCUUUCCCCCGCGGGACUUGAGUCCAGCGCCAAAGAAGUGCAGGUAUUCUCGAUCACGGCGCUGCUAGACAUCGUCAAGAAAGCCAGCGCCGAAGCCCUCCGACCGUUCAUCCCCGAGCUUGUCGAGCGGAUCAUCGGGCUGCUCACAUCGUUGGAACCACAGGAGAUCAACUAUAUCCAUCUGAACGCGGACAAGUACGACUUGACCGAGGAGAAGAUCGACGCGAUGCGAUUGAACUCGAUUCGCGCGAGCCCGCUCAUGGAUGCAAUUGAGCGCUGCCUUGAUCUCGUGGACGACGAGACCAUGGACCGCCUUGUCCCCUGCCUCGAGAUCGCCAUGCGAACUGCCGUCGGGUUGCCCUCGAAAAUCGGCGCCGGGCGUGUCCUCGUUUCCCUGGCCACCCGACACCACCAAGUUUUCAAGCAGGCAAAAGCCAACAGUUUUUUAGUCCUCUUACAGAAAUACGUGCUCGACCGAAACGAGACUGUGUCCACUUCCUACGCCGUUGCCGCGGGGUAUCUGGCGCGGAUUGCGUCCGAUGCCCAAAUCUUUCGACUCUUUGAGUUCUGCCGUAACCUCUACCUUACCGCCGACGACGAUCGGAAACGCACGGUUUCUGGUGACAUCGUCUACGCGGUUGCGAAGCACGCAUCCGACCGGCUCAAGGCUGUUGCGGCGGAUAUCCUGCCGUUCGUCUUCUUCGCCAAACAUGACAGCGUCGCCAGCGUCAAGGACGAAUACCAGAAAGCGUGGGACGAUACGGUCGGCGGAUCCAGGUCGGUCCUUCUCUAUCUAAAUGAGAUCAUCGAUAUAUCGAAGCUGCACUUGGAUUCGCCGAAGUGGGUGCUCAAACACACUGCCGCGCGAACGGUGGCAGACGUCAUCAACAGCAUCAUCCAGGCCUCCAGUACGAUCAACAAGGACCAAGCGGAUGUCGUCUAUCCUGCUUUGAAGAAAGCGUUGGCUGGGAAAACGUGGGAUGGGAAAGAGGGAGUUCUGACUGCCUUCGUCUCCUUCGUCGAGAAGACCGAGCACCUCUGGCGUGAGGACGAAAUGUCCACGAAAGACAUCGUGGGGAUCGCAGCCCGGGAAGCGGGGAGGCAGAACUCCAAGUAUCGACCAACUGCCUUGAUGGCUAUUGGGAAGAUCGCCGGGCUGCAAGACGAUGACGGACUCUCGAGGACGGCGUUUGAGAAGGCGCAUGAGGUUGUGAAGACAUUGUUAGUGAAUGAGGAUGAUAUGGAUGUCGACGGCGACGACUCGACUGUCAAAGGGUCGCUGCGGGACGAGACCUUGAUCGCUGCGAUUCAGGCGAUGGGCAAUGCUUUCAACGACGCGGUAUUUCAAAGCAAUGACUCUGCCACCCUAAUCACCCAAUACCUCCAAACCAUCCACGUCGCCACCGCCUCCGCCUCCAACCCCAUCCACACCACCAUCGCCUCCUCCCUCGACGCCUUCCUCACUAAAUUCCCGGAUCACCCCGAACCCACGCUCGGCGCCGCCGAGGACAGGGUGCUCGAGCACCUGCGCACCGUGCUCUUCGACACCGAGCCGCCACACGAGGCGCUGCGGGCGCGGCGGGCGCGGCAGAUUAAGGUACUGGCGGGGAAGCGAUGGGAGAAGGCGAAUGAGGUGAUAUGGGCGCGGGUGGGGGAGAUGGUGGAGGGUGAGAUUUCGCCGGGGGUGAGGGAGACGUUGGAGGAGGCGUUGAAGGUGGUGGAGGAGAGGGAGGGGUGA